AUCUCGCGAUAAGUGAGCGCGCCUGGCCGGACGAGAGAAAAGUAUCUGCUCCGCUUAGGGGGGAAAGAAGGAGCUGGAGACAGAUUGUGGGACCGAGCGCGGGCGGGCGGGAGGCGACGGAGCUACCAGCGGCUCCGCUCUGCUAUAUGAAAUAUGGGAGACGACAGACCGUUUGUGUGCAAUGCCCCGGGCUGUGGACAGAGAUUUACAAACGAGGACCACCUGGCAGUUCAUAAACACAAGCAUGAGAUGACACUGAAAUUUGGCCCAGCCCGAACUGACUCAGUCAUCAUUGCAGAUCAAACUCCUACUCCGACUAGAUUCCUGAAGAACUGUGAAGAGGUGGGGCUCUUCAAUGAACUAGCUAGCUCCUUUGAACAUGAAUUCAAGAAAGCUGCAGAUGAGGAUGAAAAAAAGGCUGCUUCUGGGCCCCUUGACAUGUCUCUGCCUUCUACACCAGACAUCAAAAUCAAAGAAGAAGAGCCAGUGGAGGUAGACUCAUCCCCACCUGACAGUCCUGCCUCUAGCCCCUGCUCCCCACCACUCAAGGAGAAGGAUGUUGCCCCAAAGCCUGUUGUGAUCUCUACGCCCACACCUACCAUCGUACGCCCUGGCUCCCUGCCUCUCCACUUGGGCUAUGAUCCACUUCACCCAACCCUUCCUUCCCCAACCUCCGUCAUCACACAGGCUCCACCAUCCAACAGGCAACUGGGGUCUCCCACUGGCUCCCUCCCUCUCGUCAUGCAUCUUGCUAAUGGACAGACCAUGCCUGUGCUGCCAGGGCCUCCGGUACAGAUGCCUUCUGUUAUAUCGCUGGCCAGACCCGUGUCUAUGGUGCCCAACAUUCCUGGUAUCCCUGGCCCACCAGUUAACAGCAGUGGUUCCAUUUCUCCCUCUGGCCACCCUAUGCCAUCAGAAGCCAAGAUGAGACUAAAAGCUACCCUAACCCACCAAGUCUCCUCAAUCAAUGGUGGCUGUGGAAUGGUGGUGGGGACUGCCAGCACCAUGGUGACAGCCCGUCCAGAGCAAAGCCAGAUCCUCAUCCAGCACCCUGACGCCCCAUCCCCUGCCCAGCCACAGGUUUCACCAGCCCAACCCACUCCUAGUACCGGAGGGCGACGUCGGCGCACGGUGGAUGAAGAUCCAGAUGAGCGGCGGCAGCGCUUUCUGGAGCGCAACCGGGCCGCAGCCUCGCGCUGCCGUCAAAAGCGGAAGCUGUGGGUGUCCUCCCUAGAGAAGAAGGCUGAGGAACUCACGUCUCAGAACAUUCAGCUGAGUAAUGAAGUCACAUUACUACGCAAUGAGGUGGCUCAGUUGAAACAGCUGCUGUUAGCUCAUAAAGACUGCCCAGUCACAGCACUACAGAAAAAGACCCAAGGCUAUUUAGAAAGCCCCAAGGAAAGCUCAGAGCCAACGGGUUCUCCAGCCCCUGUGAUUCAGCACAGCUCAGCAACAGCCCCGAGCAAUGGCCUCAGCGUUCGCUCUGCAGCUGAAGCUGUGGCCACCUCAGUCCUCACUCAGAUGGCCAGCCAAAGGACAGAACUGAGUAUGCCCAUACAGUCGCAUGUGAUCAUGACCCCACAGUCUCAGUCUGCGGGCAGAUGAUGCCUCCCCUGGUGGAGAGGUCCCCAGCCAGAGCUCGCCCGCCCGAGAGCCAAGAGAGAUGUCAUCUUAUCCUCUCCCAUCUGCCUUGGACAUGGCAAUAUGGGGGGGAAAUUGUGUGUUGUGAGUAAUGGUCAGAUGUGGGGCUUUUCUCACAUGGUCAUUUACGUUGACACCUGUACUAGGAGCCUCCCAGCCCCAGAGCCACACAGAUCAUACCCCAAGGGGGAAGUUUCUGAUGUACCCACAGCCAAAGGCCUUUCCCGAUGGUCCGAACAAUCAUCCCUGCCCAUGCACGUGUACCUGUCUCUUUUAACACUAACCCUUGUACUUCUAGGUUUCGGUUUCUCAGUUCCCUCUCUUUCCACCAAGCCAUGGCUAUUACCUUCUUGAUUCUUAGCAGCAUGCCACUUCUUGCUAGGUAGAGGGAAGCUAGAGUUGAUGGCAUAUCAACGGCUGACCCAUCCCUAGCCACCCCAUGGACUCAGGACUUUGUCUCCCAGUAGCUGCUUAUUUAUCCCUUCUUCCCCCUCCGUAAAUUCUAGUUAAAACAUUCACUUACGGAGAAUGUCAGGUUACCUUUGAUGUAUGAAGUAGCAGUAUUUCCCAGCUCUUCCAUAAACUUUAGUCCUUCUCCCUACUUGCCACCAAAACAAAAACAGAGAAAUGAAACCUCAAACGGUCUAGUCCUUUCUCGUUUAUUUCCAGAGCUAUUUGGGUACCUUAUUUUAUGUCUUGAGUUUUCCCAGUCUAGUGGUGGGGUCUUUUCCACCUCCCACUAAGCCGUGGCAACCUCAUCUUGUGGCCUUAUUAGACACUGCUUGGUAGUGAAAAGGGAAAGAGCCCAGGAUCUGACUGGCUGGUUCCCUUCCCAUCCCCACUCCAUCCUCCUUCAGUUCUAAUCAUCAGGACAGGCAGGAACAAUGUAGUUUAAAGCUUGUUCCAUCCAGUUACUAGAUUGAUUCUUUUAUGUUUUACAAGAGUUUACUGGCCAAAGCAUACAUAUUGCUUUCGGUCAUCUUUCCACUCCUGCCUCUCCCUCUUCGUCCCCCUGCCUGCAUUCCUGCCUCUGUCUCUCUUCGAUAAUUAGUUCUGAUGCAGCCCUCUGGAAGCUGUCAUGUAGGGGAUUCUUGUGCUCCCUCACCUCCCCUCGCCCCCCAUCUCUCAGUCUCACACAUCUGUCUUCUUUUCUGAGUGAGGGUCUGAUAUUCACAACUGGUCCUCACUGGAUCUACCUUCGCUCUCUUUCACUAGGCUCCGAGCCUAGCCACUAGGUCUCGCUGGUUCUGUAGCGUUUCUUUAGCUCUUUUCUUCUCUCUGCCCCCUGAAUGCAAUGCUUCUCCAUAGUCUACGCCCUAGGACCCUGAGGCAUCAUAGCCGAGGUCCUGAGUGGGUUUUCUUGAGUAUAAAUUAGGAUGGGGGGAGGCACGGGAAGGGGAGGUGGAGCACUGAUGUCAGCAGAAGAGCCCUGCUUGUUGAAGAGUCUGACCUGCCUGGGAAAUUGGUGACUGUUGCUCUCAGCCAUUCUUACUUUGAAAAGUUGUGUUGCAGGGUGGAAAUUCAUCCCUCUUGUCCCUCUUUCUUCCCCAUUCAGACUCCUCAUCUUCCUUUGGCUCUGAACUAUGCAAUUUCUACCAAGGCCAUAGGAAGCAGUCCAAAGCCAGAGGCCUGUGGAUAGAUAGGUCAGCUUUAAUAGCCCUUCAGUAUGAAGCCCUUCCAAUUGUCCCAGAGCCACUUUCUGCCAUCUGCCCAAGCCAAUAAUGUCCUUUUCUCUCUCUCUCCUACCUCCAUCUUAUACAUGCAUACAGAGUAACUGCCAGCUUCCUUUCUUAUUUUAUCUUCCAGAAUUGGCUAUCAUAGAGGAAUGAGGAAAUGUUCUAAGCUACAAGAUUCCCAUCUCCUCAGACUGAUAAAUUGGUGAGCCGGUCAGAGGACAUGUUCUACUGCAUUUGUUUUUAAUUUCCCCUCCUGCUUUUCAGAGCUGGUGUUGAAGAAGCCACACCUGGUGAAGAGAAAGGAGAGAAAACAUGGUUUUCUCAUCCUCCCCCACCCAGGACCCAACAGGAACAGCCCCUGAGGUGACUCAGACUAGCAAAUGGCACGGCAGAUGGUCAGGAUGCAGGUUACCACCUCCAGGGACUCCACUUGCCUUUAAAACUUCACAGCCAUAACUUGUGCUCAGGACUUUUCCUUUAGAUGGCUGCUCCCUGGGAUUUUCUCCUGCCUUAGUUGUGUUUCAUUUUUUGUUAUCUUUAUUUCCCACUUGUAGCCUUGCCCUAAAUCUUGACUGCGUUUAUGGCUCCUAAGGAGCCUUCAUAAGACCCUUGACUGUUUUUCUUGCCCCUUCAGUCAUGUGUUUUUCAAGUUAAGAAUCAGUUGGUCACUGCACACAUGCCCUGCCUCACUGCUUGGCCCUGGAGGAAGUUUGAGUCCUGCCAGUCUGUCCCUGUGUAGGAUGGCUAAUUUAUGUAGAGGGUCUUAUUUAGUUUCUUAAUCCCCAUGUCUGAUUCUCUUGCGUCCUUAUUUCAUUUUCAUCAGUGGGAAGUUAGUAUUGGGGACCUAACUGAGAGGCAUUGGCAGAACCUUAGUAGUAAAGCAGCAGUGAAAUGAGGAAGGGACACGACAGGACCUCCCCCACCCCAGACAGCUCUUUAGCGGGUCCUCAGUCUCACUAAGAAGGCAGAGCACUUGCUUGCCCUGAAGUCUCUCCUGUAGUCAAGGGGAAUGACAUUUCCCUUGUUAUUGCAGCCAGCUGUGUGGCCACUCUCCCCUGCUCCUUGCCCUCCAGACUCCUUUGGACCAGGACAAACAUCAUGGAGGGUGUCACUUAGCUCUUUUUAAGGAACAUGGCCUUCCUAGGGGCCUAAGGGAAGACACUGUCUAAAAGGGACUGGGAAUGUGGAUGCCUUAGGACUCUUCUAAGUGAACACAGGACUCAGGCCUCCCACUUCACUCCAAGGACACAGCAGCUAGAGACCCAAGGCCAUAGAGAAAGGGGCCAGAACCAGGUCUUCUGGUCCACAGACUUAAUGCCCCAUUGUCUUAAAAGAAAGCUUGCUUAGAGUUGAAAAGUCUGAGAAAGCCUCCCACGCUAUUAGGAAGGACUAGAAAGAGUACAACCUCCUUUACUUCAUCUUUCCCUGUCGGUCGCACACCCAGAUCUGGCUUCCUUCGGCCUCUGCUCCUC